AACCAUUACAAACAAAGACAAAUCCCUUAAUCGCUUCGUUUGCGAGUCACUCUCAAGCAGUCGUUUCCAGGAAAGUUCCGAAGAACACAAUAUUUAUUUCGACCUUAUAAGCCUAAAAACCUACUGUCUCCCCCCAAUCGUUUACUGCUCCUCUCCAUUUAAUUUCCUCCAUCUUUUCAGCUAUGGAUCCAAACUUCAAUGGAUUCCCAGAUCGUAGAGUUGAUUAUCAGACCCCUUUAGCCCAAUUAAAUGAUCCUCCCAAUUAUUUGACUGAUGGGUUCAGAGUGAACGAUCGGACUUCUUUGCCCACUUCGUAUCUGUACCCUGAACUCGAAAAGAGUUUCGAAUUCAACGAGCCAUCUCUGGAUCUUUUUCCCUUUGUGGGGAAUUCCCUUUUCCCCUACGAAUCGGACCCUAACAAUUUUUCAUCGGGGUCGAGUGAGAGGCGGGAAGGGGAGUCGUUUUCUCGGUCGGUGAGGUUGAGCUCGGACGGGGGUGGUCCCGGGGUAUCUUCAGGCUUCAGCCCUGGUGGUGACUCUUCCUCGGACGAGAGUGACUUUAGGGAAACAGUUCUCAAUUACAUAAGCCAAAUGCUUAUGGAGGAGAAUUUGGAGGAGAAGCCCUGUAUGUUUUAUGAUCCUCUGGGGCUUAAAGAUACUGAGAAAUCGUUCUAUGAUGCUCUUGGUAAGAACUACCCUCCUUCGCCUAACCAACCUCCCCUGGAUUGUGAGAGCUCUGAAGAUGCUUGUCAUGGAAAUGACAGUGAUCAUGCUGGUAGUGUUAGUAUUGGCACCAGCAAUUCGCCUGACCCGCAAUGGGUUGUUGAUCCUGGAGAGUAUAAGCCCUCUAUACUUCCAACGUCUUUUCCUGUCAGCUCCUAUCAGUCGAAUUUCGAGCUCAGUUCUGGCAGCCAAAACAACCUGACUAUUAACAGUCAUCAGCUAGUCACUGAAUUGUUGGCUCAGAAUAUCUUUAGUGAUAGCACUUCCAUCUUGCAAUAUAAGAAAGGGUUGGAGGAGGCUAGUAAGUUUCUUCCGGGAGUUAGCCAGCUGAAUAUCGAUCUGGGCAGUGGCCUGUUGACAGGAGUAGCUUCUAAGGUCAUGGAUACAACAGCAACAGUGAAGGAUAGAAGGGAGAAUUCACCGAAUGGAUCGAAGGGAAGGAAAAAUCAUGAACGUGGAGAUGUAGACUUGGAUUUGCAAGAAGGGAGAAGAAACAAGCAGGCUGCCGUUUAUGUGGAUGAGGAAGAAUUAUCUGACAUGUUUGAUAAGGUAUUACUAUAUGAUUGUGGAAAUGAAACCUCUGCAAAUGGUGGGUGUGAGAAAUUGCAGUCUACCGUACAACUUCAUGGAUCGAUUGCUGGGAAAGCUCGGGAAAGGAAACAGGAGAAGAGAAAAGACUCUGUGGAUUUGAGAAAUCUUCUGAUUUUAUGCGCACAAGCUGUGUCUACUGAUGACCGUCGGAUUGCUCACGAACUACUUAGGCAGAUUAGGCAGCAUUCUACAACGAUUGGUGAUGGUUCCCAGAGAAUGGCUCAUUUCUUUGCUAAUGCUCUUGAGGCUCGCAUGGUUGGCACUGGCACAGGAAGCAAAAUGUACUAUGAAACACUAGCGCAAAGCAAGAUUUCAGCUGCUGAUAUGUUGAAAGCUUACCAAGUUCACCUUUCAUCCUGCCCUUUUAAGAAACUCUCGCUCUUUUUCAUGAUUAAAAUGGUUCUGAAGGUUGCAGAGAAGGCCAAAAGUCUUCAUAUUAUUGAUUUUGGUAUUUGCUAUGGUUUCCUCUGGCCAAUGUUAAUUCAGUUUCUUUCCCAACUCCCUGAUGGUCCACCCAAGCUACGCAUUACUGGUAUAGAUCAUCCUCAACCAGGAUUUCGUCCAGCAGAAAAAAUUGACGAGACAGGUCGACGUUUGGCUAAGUACUGCGAGCGCUUUAAGGUUCCUUUUCAAUAUCAAGGGAUAGCAUCACAUAACUGGGAAACUAUCCGAAUUGAGGACUUAAAGCUUAAUAGCAGCGAUGUCCUUGUUGUGCACAGUUUCUAUAGGUUUAAGAACCUACUUGAUGAAACUGUUGAAGAAAGUAGUCCAAGGGAUGUUGUUCUGCGUUUAAUAAGGAAGAUGAAUCCAAACAUCUUCGUCCAUUCCGUGGUUAGUGGAUCCUACCACGCGCCCUUCUUCAUAACGCGGUUUAGGGAGGCCCUCUUCCACUUCUCUGCAUUAUAUGAUGCUUUAGAUGUUAAUUUACCUCGUGAAAGUGAAGAGAGGAUGAUGAUAGAGAGAGAGUUUCUUGGGCGCCAAAUUAUGAACGUAGUAGCAUGUGAGGGUGUUGAGAGGGUCGAAAGGCCUGAGACCUACAAGCAGUGGCAUGUCCGGUGUAUGAGAGCGGGUUUCAAACAGCUUCCUUUAGACCAGGAGAUCAUGAACAAGUUCAGGUGCAAGUUAACAUGCAAUUACCACAAAGAUUUUGUACUUGAUCAAGACGAUGGCUGGAUGCUACAGGGAUGGAAAGGCCGGAUUGUGUAUGGUUCUUGUUGUUGGGUGCCAACAUAGAAACGUUGCUCGCUAGAACUCGGGAUCGGAAAACGGUACUCCUCACAACGACGUGAGAGACAUAGAUGAGAGGUGCAUUCAACUAGAUGAUGAAGAUUGAGAUACUGUUCUCUCUACGGCUGGGAGACAUGAAGGCCAAGCCCUGAACAAGACGCUAAGCUUGUCUCAGUUUGUUUCACUAGUUAGAUCUGUUCAAUGCAUGAACUUGUAACAUUAAUAGGAAUGAAAAUGACAGCCAUGAACUGUGGAACUAAGCAUGUUGAUGUAGUCAUCAGGAGAAUAGUGUAUUUUGUAAAUGAGUAGUUUGAGUAGCAAUACAUUUUCCAGCAAGCACUAUUGAGUCGUAAUUAGACU